CAUGUUCAUUGCAUUUCCGGUAGGGCGCUAGCUGGGCUAGCAACGAGUGGCUAACAGCCAACAUAAGACGACACCGCGGUGGUUAGCAGGUUAGCUUCACCGCGCGUUAGCCAUGGUCAAUGUAAAGAAGCGGAAAGGUCGGGUCGUGAUCGACUCAGACUCCGAGGACAGUGCCAGUGACGAUAAUUUAGAUCAGGAGUUGCUGUCCUUGGCAAAGAGGAAGCGUGUCGACUCUGGUGAGCAGGACGAGCCGGUGAGCAAACCGGCGGCAUCCACCGACUCUGAGACAUCGGACAGCGACGACGAGUGGACCGUGGGGGGCGCCAAAGGCAAAAAGAAAGUGAAGCCAGGGCGGGGUCCCGAGAAGAAGAGUGCCGCCAAGAAGAAGGUUCAUAAAUCUACGGCGUCUGGAAGCUCAGAUGGAGACAGCUCAGGGGAGAGCUCGGCACCAGAGGAGGGCGAGGUGUCCGACUCGGACAGCAACAGCUCCUCCUCCAGCUCGGACUCCUCGGAAGACGACGUCUUCCGGGACGGUUAUGAUGACGACCUGAUGGGCGACGCCGAGGAUCGAGCCCGGCUAGAGCAGAUGACGGAGAAGGAGCGAGAGCAGGAGUUGUUCAACAGGAUCGAGAAGCGAGAGGUGCUCAAGAGACGAUUUGAAAUCAAGAAGAAGCUGAAGACUGCAAAGAAGAAGGAGAAAGAGGAGAAGAAGAAGAAGCAGGAGGAAGAGCAAGAAAAACGGAAGCAAUCUCAGGUUCAAGACACACAAGUGGUGAUGUCCCACAACAAGGAGAGGCGGUCCAAGCGGGACGAAAAACUGGACAAGAAGUCACAGGCUAUGGAAGAACUGAAAGCGGAGCGUGAGAAGAAGAAGAAUAAAACAGCAGAACUUCUGGCCAAACGGGAGCCCCUGAAGACCAGCGAGGUUUACUCUGACGACGAGGAGGAGGAGGAGGAAGACGACGACGACGACAAGUCAUCAGUCAAGAGCGACAGGAGUUCGCGCUCUUCUUCGUUUGACGACGACGACGAGAAAGAGGAAACUCCGCCAAAGUCUCAGCCUGUUUCGCUGCCGGAUGAGCUCAACCGCAUCCGCCUGUCCCGACACAAGCUGGAGCGCUGGUGCCACAUGCCCUUCUUUGCCAAAACCGUGACGGGCUGCUUUGUGAGGAUUGGCAUCGGGAACAGCAGCAGCAAACCAGUUUACAGGGUUGCUGAAAUCGUGGACGUGGUGGAGACGGCCAAGGUUUACCAACUGGGAUCGACGCGGACAAACAAAGGAUUGCAGUUACGGCACGGCGGCGACACGCGCGUUUUCAGGCUGGAGUUUGUAUCCAACCAGGAGUUCACAGAGAACGAAUUCAUGAAGUGGAAAGAGGCGAUGAUGGUGGCGGGGAUGCAAGUGCCCACGCUGGACGAGAUCACCAAGAAGGAGCAGUCCAUCAAAGAAGCCAUGAACUACAAGUUCAAUGACAAAGACAUAGAGGAUAUUGUCAAAGAGAAAGACAGAUUCCGAAAAGCACCGCCAAAUUACGCCAUGAAGAAAACUCAGUUACUGAAGGACAAGGCCAUGGCGGAGGAGAGCGGCGACGGCGACAAAGUGAAAAUCAUCCAGGACGAGCUGAACGAGCUUGAGGAGCGGGCCGAGGCCCUGGACAGACAGAGGACCAAGAACAUCUCUGCCAUCAGCUACAUCAACCAGAGAAACAGAAGCUGGAACAUCGUGGAAUCAGAAAAGGCUCUGGUGGCUGAAGGACAAAACUCCAAAAACCAACAAAUGGACCCUUUCACCCGAAGGCAAUGCAAACCCACCAUGGUGUCUAACGCCAGAGACCCCUCGGUGCACGCAGCCAUUCUGGCGCACCUCAACCAGAAGUACGGGUCUGGCUCCACGCCGGAUGCCACCGCGCCAGAGAAGAGCAAAGAGGGGCCAACAGACACCAAGGACAAGGACGUACCCAAACCAACCACUGACCUCUCAGAAGACUUGUUUAAAGUUCACGAUUUUGAUGUGAAGAUAGACCUCCAGGUUCCUAAUGCAGGAAUCCGUCAUGCAAGUUGACACAUCAUGGAAGAAACUGCUGUACAUUUGGACACCAGAGUUACUAUCAUUUCAUUUCAACGCUAUACAUGACCAGCUGCCAUCUCCUGCAAACCUAAGACCUAUGGGACUCCUGCCAACUUUGCCACCACAACAACUGUUCACUGUUCCACAUCCUUAAUGGCUGAAGCUACUCCCUUCAAAGCGGGCGAUACAAUUGGGGUCAUGACCCAACCCUGAAAACAAAAACAUCAGGAUUGAUGCCUUUCAUAGACCAAGCCAAUGAGAGAGAAUAUAGCACACAAGACACAGGCUAUACCAGGGGUCACCAACAUGGUGCCCGCAGGCACCAGGUAGCCCCCCACAGCCACAUGAGGUGCCUGCAAGCCUGCUUUUCAGUUAAUAAUGAAAGAACAGUAGAAAGAAAUGCAUUGUGAAAUACAACAUGUGAGUUGUGGACACCAGCAUUUUGUUCAUGUUCUGGUAAAACAAGCAUAUUCGCUUUGUUUGGGUUUAAAAUAAGCUCUGAAAAUAAAUGUUACAAAAAUGAGUAGCUCUUGGCCAUUUUCAAUUUGUCAAAGUAGCUCUCACAAGGACAAACGUUGGUGACCCCUGAUGUAUAUCAACACCAUUGCAUUCUGAACCGCUGAUGGUACAGCCUACAGAAAGCCAACCAUACCACUCCCAAAGAAAGUCUACCAACAUCUUACACAAGGCCAACGACCGGGCAAUUCUGAUGGAUGAGGAACAUAAGCCAAUAUUGUUCCCUCCUCAAAUAGCAGAAACAGCCAAGCGUCCUGAUAUCACCAUCUAUUCAGAAAAAACAAGAACAGUAAUCCUAAUAGAACUCACUGUUCCAAUGGAGGAGAACCUGUCCAAUGCGUAUGCCAGAAAAAAGUGCAAGUACCAAGACCUAGUUGCCGAGUGUGAAAACAGAGGAUGGCGUACCCACUACUUCCCAACUGAAAUAGGAAGCAGGGGCUUCUACAACACAUCACUUACCAAAUGUCUUGCUGCAGUAGGAGUCCCAAGUGGUAAAAGAAAAGCCAUCAUGGACAUCACCUCAAAGACGGCACUGAGCGCAAGUUAUGUUAUCUGGCUAUGCCGUCAAAGCCAAGCAUUCAAUCAGAUGGACUUAACACCAAACAGACUCACUGAGGAAAGGGGGACGGACCUCUAAGAGUAAUUGAAGUGUUCAUGUCGACAUGCCAAACAUGAGAAGAACCACAGUUCAAGUAACUUUUCCCAAUGUCACCUUCACAAGUGAGAAUUACAAUGGAGUGCUCAUCAUAAAAAUGGUGAAAUAAGCGCUGGUGAUCUACCAAUGAAUAACUUCUCUUCUUCUUGUAAUGAUGACUUGUUCCCAUACUAUUGACUUUGUCGUAAUGUUACAACUUUUCCCCUAACAAAUGUGA